AUGGCGAAAAGCAGAUCAGUCACCGUGUCAGCCCUGCAAUUCGCUUGCACUGACGACGUCUCCACCAACAUCGACACGGCCGAAAGAUUGGUUCGAGCAGCUCAUAAGAAAGGGGCAAAUAUCAUUCUUAUUCAGGAAUUAUUUGAGGGUUAUUACUUUUGCCAAGCACAAAGGGAAGACUAUUUCCAGCGAGCUAAACCCCGUAAUGAACACCCCACUAUAUUGAGGAUGCAGAAUCUGGCCAAGGAAUUGGGAGUAGUGAUACCAGUUAGCUUCUUUGAGGAAGCAAACAAUGCACAUUAUAACUCGAUAGUUGUUAUUGAUGCUGAUGGGACUGAUCUUGGACUUUACAGAAAAUCACAUAUUCCAGAUGGGCCAGGCUACCAGGAGAAAUUUUACUUCAAUCCAGGCGACACUGGUUUUAAGGUGUUCCAGACCAAGUAUGCCAAAAUUGGAGUAGGUAUAUGCUGGGAUCAGUGGUUUCCAGAGGCGGCUCGAGCCAUGGUACUUCAAGGUGCAGAAAUAUUGUUUUAUCCGACUGCUAUUGGUUCUGAACCUCAAGAUGAUGGCUUAGAUUCUCGGGACCACUGGAAACGGGUGAUGCAGGGCCAUGCUGGUGCUAAUUUGGCGCCUUUAGUAGCUUCAAACCGCAUUGGUAAGGAGAUUAUAGAGACGGAGCAUGGCAAAAGCGAGAUAACUUUUUAUGGGAAUUCAUUCAUAGCAGGGCCUACCGGUGAAUUAAUCGCUGAAGCCAACGAUACAGAAGAAACCGUUCUUAUUGCACAAUUUGAUUUGGACAAAAUAAAAUCUAAGAGAAGUAGUUGGGGGAUUUUUCGCGAUCGUCGGCCGGAUUUAUACAAGGUGCUCUUGACUUUAGAUGGCAGCAAUAUUUCCUGUUGA